UCUCUCAUUCGGCCAGUGGCAACCGCGGCGUAAUGGCGUGUCUCAGUUUAUUACGGACUAGUGGUUUAUUUUUAUUGUUAUUCUUAAUAACAAACGCCUACGCGGUGUUCCAACCAUGGAUAUUCGCAGUGAGUGUGAACAAAAGCAGUUGUGCCGAACAAAAAUGUGUUUUAAAGUUGAAUUUGGAAGUUUCGAACGUGGAUUCGUGGUCGUUAACCCCAGAGCCGGCGGUUCGUGGUGCGCUGUGCAAUCCUACAAUCACCAAGGAUGUUGUAGACACAGAAUUAAUUGUUGAGAAGAAUGAUAGAAUGUUUUUCUGUGCCAAAGUCGGCGAGCAGUGGCUUCACCAAGGAGUUGAUUUAUAUUUGGACGGUGACGUCAUAGGAAUCAGCAAGCGGCUGGAAAACCUAGAACUCCUGGAUGACUUUGCCGACGUCGACAACAACGUCAGUGACGUCGAUGAUGUCAAUGGUCUGCGGAACGACGUCGACGUUAACAGGAACCGUGACGCCGUCAGCGACGUCGUGGUUGAGACCUGGGCUUAUCUGCCAAAUAAGCUGGUGGAUAUCAGUACGGUAUCAGAACCCAGCACCGAUCUCAACUCUGAAUGGGGAGAAAUCCAAGAGAUAGAAAGCGAAACCCUUUCAAGACAUAAACGUGAUACUGAAAAUUCUACAGUCAACCCAUCAGACACCAGUCUCGGCCCUAAAAACGCAAACGUAAUCAACAAUAUCAAACUAGUAGGUUUUAGAAUUGAAGAGUCUGAUAAGGAACCUAAAAUUGUGGAUGAACUUAUACCUAGUGUGUUGAGGAAUACUCAGUUUCAAUUGAGGUUGUUUGGAGAGAAUUUUGUUAAAGGAAUGGAAAUUGCGUUUACGCAUACGAAGUCGGCGUAUGGAGAUGAGUGCGUGCAUUUAUUAGAUGAGACAUAUAAGUUAGAAGUGGACUCCGAAGAAAACGCCUUCAUAUCCCUGGUCGCACCUUAUCCCGCAGACACGCCCGAAGGGCAUAAAUUCUACUUUUGCAUCAGAGACUCCCCCUCAGGCCCCUUCAAGCACCAAGGAAGCGACACUUGGAAAAUACUUGGAACCCACCACAAAUUGCUACCUCUCUGGGUUUCUAUCAUCUUAAUCAUCAUUCUUCUAUUACUAGCUUCACUGUUCUCAGGCUUGAACUUAGGUCUGAUGGCUUUAGAUAGAACCGAGUUGAAAAUCAUAGCGAAUACGGGAACAGAGAAGGAAAGGAAAUAUGCCAGAGCGAUUAUGCCUGUCCGAGCGCAUGGAAACUAUCUCCUCUGCACGAUUUUGCUGAGUAACGUGGCUGUUAACAGCACUUUUACUGUGAUUUUGGAUGACUUGACGUCUGGGUUGGUUGCUGUUAUAGGAUCUACGUUGGCUAUUGUGUUUAUAGCUGAGAUUACCCCGCAGGCUGUUUGCGCUAGGCAUGGGUUGUUUGUUGGUGCUAAAAGUAUUUGGAUUAUGAAGAUCGUGAUGGGUAUUUGUGCCCCAUUGGCGUGGCCGACGAGUAAGCUCUUGGACUACUUCCUAGGCGAAGAGAUAGGCACACAUUACAACAGGGAACGGCUAAAGGAGUUGGUCAAGGUGACCAAUCACGUAAACGACCUGGAUAAAGAAGAGGUGAACAUCAUCUCAGGCGCCUUGGAUCUGAGGAAAAAGAAGGUGCAGGAUGUGAUGACCAAGCUGGAUGACUGCUUCAUGUUACCCAUUACCAGUGUGCUGGACUUUGAGACCAUGUCCGAGAUUGUCAAGUCAGGUUACUCCCGUAUCCCAGUAUACGAAGGCCACCGCGGCAACAUAGUGACGGUGCUCUUCAUCAAGGACCUGGCCUUCGUGGACCCCGACGACAACACGCCGCUGCGGACCCUCGCCCAGUACUACCAGAACCCCUGCAACUUCGUAUUUGAGGAUGUCACGCUUGAUGUCAUGUUGAAACAGUUUAAGGAGGGUCACAAGGGUCAUAUGGCGUUCGUCCAACGCAUCGACCGCUCCGGUGACGGCGACCCGGUUUACCAGACCGUCGGUCUGGUGACGCUUGAAGACGUUAUAGAGGAGAUGAUCCAAGCGGAAAUCGUCGAUGAGAGUGACGUCAUCACUGACAACCGUACCAAGAAGCGUCUCGCGCGCCCGCUGAACCGCUUCCAAGACCUGGCUGCCUUCGCAGGCCACCAGCCGCACCGCGUCCACGUGUCUCCCCAGCUGGUUCUGGCUACCUUCCAGUUCCUCUCCACCAGCGUGGAUCCAUUCCGUCCAGUGAUGAUAUCGGAAACGGUGCUCAGAAGGCUGCUGAAGCAGGAUGUGGUGAAGCACAUCAAGUUGCGAGGAGACGAGGACAGGACCGACCCGAAGGCCUACGUCUUCCAAGAGGGUAGACCGGUGGACUACUUCGUGUUGAUCCUGGAGGGCCGCGUGGAGGUGACGGUGGGACGCGAAAACCUCGUGUUCGAAGCUGGACCCUUCACAUACUUCGGUAUCCAGGCCCUUACGCAGAACAUUGGUGUCGCUGAGCCCCAAUCCCCGUCGGCACUAGGUUCUCUCCAGAACCUGAACAUGGACAGCAUGUUGCGGCACACGUUCGUUCCUGACUACUCGGUCCGAGCUAUAGCUGAUGUUUACUAUCUGACCAUCAAACGUUCUAUGUACCUGGCGGCGAAGCGCGCUACUCUGAUGGAGAAAGGUGCGCUCACGAAGGGCAACACCAACGAACAGAUAGAGCCAGAAGUUGACAAGUUACUUCGUGACGAGGGCAGAACCGAGUCUCUCAGGGAAACGGACGCGCAACCUCAGGAGCCCUCACCGGCCAGCCCCGCGACCUCCAACCAGAAGGAAAACCCAGAGGAGGAGGCUCUACUAAAGAAAUAGACGUCGCGGCCGACCUCAAUAACAAGCAUACUAUAAAAUAAAACUAUGAAAACGGAUUAUAUCGCGUAUAUUGAAUUUAUAAUUCAUCCCGACGUUUCGAACUCUUUACAGCGUUCGUGGUCAACGGGUGACUGAGUAUAUAAUAUAUAUCUUUACUUGAAAAAUAAUUAUAGUGUAUAACUAGCCUUAUGAACCGAUUUUGCAUGUACAACCAGCCUUAAAGUUUGUAGUCUAUGAUUGUUCAUUAUUUUUUUUAGUAUGUGGGUAUUUUUGCAUUUUGUAAUUUUUCCUCAGUCACCCGUUGACCACGAACGCUGUAAAGAGUUCGAAACGUCGGGAUGAAUUAUAAAUUCAAUAUACGCGAUAUAAUCCGUUUUCAUAGUUUUAUUUCAUGAGUAACUAUCGCGGUAACCGAAGACAAUAUUAAGCAUACUAUAGUCUGCAUCUUCUCAAAUGAUUUUUACGCCUAAGACGGUAAUCUGUUAAACAAAAGCCAUUGUUCCUUUUGUGUGAGCGGUCCGCCAUUGUGUGCCAUUGAGUGAGCGCGUGCUACGGCGCGUGCCAUUGUCAGACACAAUGGCCGACCUCUCGCACAAAAGGAACAAUGGCUUUUGUUUAACAAAUUACCGUCUUAGGCGUAAAAAUCAUUUGAGAAGACAGACUAUACCUCAGAUUACAAUAGUCUCUGAAAUUAUGGACAAACCAAAUGUGUCUCUACUAAAAUACCGGAGGUAUUUCAUUUGUCCAUAAUUGUAAAAUUAAAAAUCGCGUUUUUAAUACACUAAAUAAAAUGUGACGUUUCACGGAAAAGGUGCCUUAUGGCGGCAGGCGCUUACGCUGUUAUUCACGACGCUCCUAUUCAAAUACGCUGCUAGGCGUCGUAAGCGCCAACCGUCAUAAAGUACCUUUAUCCGUGGAACGUAAAAAUUUAUUUAGUGUGUUUAAAACGCGAUUUUUAAUUUUACAAUUAUGGACAAAUGAACCCGUGGGACGUCAAAUUGUGUCUAUCGCGCAUUAGAAUAGGACCAAGCUAACUCUGCAUGACAUUAACAAAGAAAAAGUGUCGAAAUGUCAUCAUAAAUGUAAACUUUCUGUCAGUCUGCACAGUUAGCUGAGAUGGAGUCUAAUUUGUUUACUUUUACGAACUAACGUCUAAACAUAUUGCAAUUGAUAACAUCGAUAAACACGUAGAGAUAUAAAAUCAUGACAAUUUGAGCUAAAUCAUUGAUUUAUUGCCCUGUUUGCCUAGCCAUCUAAUUUCGUCACUAGAAAAAGGCAGCAAAUAAUGUAGGUAGGGGUUAAACCUGCCGUGCACCAUUUUGAACUUUCGCGCCGCGCCUGUACUGAUGAAAAUGAUUUGCCAGACUAUUGUAAAAUUGAGGUCGUCGCUAGCAACACUGCUUUAUGACUGGCAACCUUGCAUUGCGUCAAAUAAAGAAAAAAAAUACUAACACAGCUCUCACUCUGGGUUCACAUACACGAGUAAGGGCCUCUACACACUUCACCGAUAUUUGCAUGCGAUUUGCGUGUGUAUCCCCGUUUGUCCCCGUUCCACGUGACUGCCGCCAUACAUGAGGCGGGGACAUCUGGGAAUGAUUUGUAUGCAGCGCCUAUUCUCAUCUGUGCCCGGUGGGAACAAAUGGGAAUACACCUAUUUGCGUUACAUUCCGGCCCAUUGAUCGAUCGAAUGAAUUCGUUGCAGUUAUGUGUGUCGGCAAUUAUCUAAAAUCGCAUACGAUUGGUUGCAAGGUGUGUAGAGGCCUUAACAAGGGGCAAUCGACAACUGUAGAAUGUAGUUAUAGUAUCGAUUUAAUAGCAUUUGAAAUUUAACAAAAUAGUUUUUAAGUUAUAAUUAUUUUAACUGUACUUACUUUUUUAUAUGGCAACACUUUCGCAACACUUUCUUACAUGGAGACUAUAUAAAGGAGCCAAAUCUCUAUGUAUGAAAAGUGUCCAUCAAAAAACAGUAAUUAGGCGGCGCCACCAUACACCGAGAUACUACCAAAAACAACCUACGUAAUUUGGUCGGGUUAUUUGUUGGUACUUGUCCCAGCCCCUAACUAGCGCCACCGGAGGGAUUAGGAACUAUUAUUUAAAGCUGAAAGCGGUCACUUUUGCAACAAUUCUGCCAUAAGAGAUUGGCAUCCUUUCUAUACCAUCCAUACUUUCUUAUUUUGGUUGGUGCAAUUUUCGUUUAGAAAUGAACUAACCCAUCUUAUUGCUGAACCAAUACAGUAUUUAAUGAUCGAAUGGAUUUUGCUUGUUUUGAAUUAAAAUAUUUAUUGAAUAUCCAUGAAUGAAUAUUUAAAUGUUGAAUUGUUUUAUUGUAUCGUCAGUACAUUCAAAUUUUAUACAUGUUUCGACUAUAUCUACUUGCGUAGUUUUUGAAAAUAUGUAGUAUUUGAAUGAUUCUGUAUUGAAAUGUGAAUAGUACAAAUGGAAAUUAUGUUUUUAUAAUUAUGUUGAAGCUAUACAAAUUAAUAAAUCACGAAAUAUCUGACACUAAUUCUUAAGUUGUUUUAAUAUGUUCGCGUAUUUUUUAGCCACCAUGUCGAAUAUUAAAAAAAAGCAAAGCGCAAAUAUGCUUUGAAAUGUUUUAAAAUAUGAUGUAAAUCCAACAAAUCUUAUGAAACUGCCUUUUAAUUUAAGUAAAAGUAACAAUUUUACAUAUUGCUUGACAUAGAAUAGAUAUUUUAUAAAAUGUUACUUUGAAUUUAUGGGAACAUAAAUUUUUUUGAGACCAGUAAGGACGCCGAGCACUAACUAACUAUUUACAUUGACCCGCCAUUUUCUAUCUCUGUGGCACGCGCGUAGUUAUUAUAUAUUACCUACUGUCCCUCUAAUAAUGCCGGUGGUCAAUGACACUACGAGGUCGACAGCAAUAUAAUUAUGCGCGUGCGAUAGAGAUAGGAAAUGUUUAGUGUAUAAUGUGUUUACGUAUGUUUUAUUUAAUAACUUAGAGUUAAACCAAGAUAAGUCAGCAACGAUUUUGAUAGCACACGCAGUGCAAGUGUUAUAUAUAUAUACGUCAUAAUUUAAUAGAAGUUUGACGUUUAAAAACUUUAAAAUAACGGCGUGUGCUAUCAAAAUCGUUGCAGACUUAUCUUGGUCUAACUCUAUGUAGCUUUGAACGUUAUGACAUCUAGAUUUUUAUUCAUAUUGUCAAAGAGGAUAUAAUAGGAUAGAGCGGUACUGUCAUAGUAAAUUUUGUAGUCACAAUAAAUUCACUGCCAUCUAUCGACACACGAUUAAAAUAAAAAAUAAAAAUAUAAAAAAUGUAUUUAUAUGUGGAUAAAUGUGGUUUUUUUUAUUUACAAUAUUUGCAUUAAUUAUUUUUAUAUUAUUUUGACCCAUAUUCUUUUUAAACAAUUAAAUACAAAUUAAAUAAUAACCGUCAACGCCAUCUAUACGAGAGUAGGCCAAAGGUAGUGGAGUCCAUCUGAUCAAAAAUCAAAUUUUCGUGAUUUUCGAGGCACGUUUUUUCCUUAGACUGUAUCCAUCUAUUACGGUGUUAUAUCUAUCUUUGAUAUUGUUUUAUAUUUAAAAUAGUUCAUAAAAUUUAAAAACAAUGUGCCUUUACCAUUCUUUAAAUACUAAAAAAACUUAUGAAUGACGCUCAGACAAGUUUGUGUUCCUAUAAUUAAGAAUAAAUACUAUAUUAGUAAAAUACGUAGAAGAAUCGUAAGUGGGUGCAUGUUUUUUUAUUUAUUAGAUUUUUAUAUUCAACCAAUAUUUUUAAAGGGUCCAAAUGGCGCUUGUUUUUUUUAUAUACGCAUUGUAUAUGGGAAGAAUAUUUUAAGUCCCUUUUGAAAUAUUGUUUUAUUUAUAGUUCUAACUUCCAUAAUAGUGCCUUUAAACUUGAAAGAAAUAUUUAAAUGGAUUUUGAAGCGAAAAUUACAUUUUUAUUGUAAAUUUUUUGAUAGAAUGUAUCGUUAAAAAUAUAAAAAGUACUUACGCUAAAGUAGAUGAAACUGUUAUGAUAUAUGGAAAAUGAGCUCAUGAAGAUAAGUAAUGAUGACAGUACUUUUUUGUACUUUGCAAAAAAAUGUGGUAUUUUUUCUAAAGUCUCGAAAAACGACAUUUCGUAAGCGAAAUUUCCAUAUAUUAUUAAUUGUAUGUAGAUGUGUGAUCCGCAAUUAAAAUUAUCCAUAAGUAAGGUGCUGAAAUGUUCAAUAUGAAAAUAUAUCAGUUUUUGAAACUUGAA